AUGGGUGGAAGAGUGGAGGUGAUAAACAAGAAGGGAUGUUCAGGGCGGUUUCUUGAAUUCUCUUCUUCAUUCCGAGGGUUUCAAUCAUAUUCCUUUGAGCCCACUUCCCCUGCUUCCUCUGCCUCUGCACUUCCCGAAUCUCCGGUGAAAACAGUUAAUUGCCCAUUUUCUGGCCUUGUUAUUUGCGUUACAGGGCUCUCCAAAGAAGCUAGGAAACAAGUGAAGGAAGCAACAGAGAGAUUGGGAGGUCAAUAUAGCCCUCACCUACAUCCGCAUUGCACCCAUUUGGUGGUUCAGAUAUCCUUAAUCUUAUGCAGAUCUCGUUUCCUUAUUUAG